AUGUCUAAAUCCAAAAUCAACGUAUAUUUUUUCAACAACGGACAACCGUUAAAGCCACCGCACAAAAUAGUAAUUGAUCGUAAGAAAUUGAAGGAGAACAAAGUUGUCGAACGGGUCAAUCGUCUCCACUAUUACAAUGGCUACGUUGUUUACACGUUAUUUGGUGAACUUUUGCGUUCUAUCAGAGAGAUUCAUAACGAUUCAGCUUUUGUGGUAGUUCCCCGUGAUCAAUGUUUUCUACCCGGGCCUUAUCUGAAAGCAUUUCGAGGAUAUAUUAAUGAAAAACUGCCAUCCCUUGCUGAAAAGACAAAAACAAGCAAGAUAAAGAAGUCAUCCACAACAGCGAAGGGAUCAACGUCUGGCAGGAGAACAGCAAUUCGUCUCCAGCAAAAUGAACGAGUUUGUUCAGGUUGCCGGCACCUACCGGUUGAUGCACGUUGUAAGCAUUUUGGCACUACAAAUGCUCAAAAAACCAAUGCAUCUUGUGGAUGUCAAUACGAAGAUCCGCAGGGUAUUUGCACCACCCCAAAGCGGACUCCAUCGAAGAGUAAAGUUAACCGCAAGAAGCGUGGUAGUGGUUUGUCUGGAUGUUUUCGUAAGAAAGCGAUCAAAAAAGAACCAGUAGUUCGCCUAAGAAAGAUGGAUUUGGAACGUUUGGAGCAGCAGAGAGCAAAAAAGGAACGAAGACCAAAAAGCCGGCAGGGAUCAGCAUGUUGUAAGAAGAAGCCAACACGCACAGAAUAUUACAGAAACAUGCGCGAAAAAAUGGUAAAGCAACGAAAUCAACGAAUUGUCAAUGAAGAAAAACGCAAAAUAAAGGAGGAAAAAUUAAUUCAAAAGCGCAAUAAAAAUAAACGAAAGCAUCGUCCGCUAAUGGCACGCUUGUGCCCGUGUUGUAUACAGCGACCUCCGAUGAUUUUGAGGCCGCCACCACAUAACUGUGUGAUUCACAAGAUGGCGCGAGAUGAAGCUUGUCGACGUCGUCAAGCUCUGCAGACUGCCGAACAAUUAUCUUGGGAAAGCAUCACCGUACCUCCAAUGAAAAAGAAACGAAUUCGUGGAACUCAAACAACUAAAGAAGAUUUGAAACAAUCAAGAAAAAUGACAGACGGUGGAAGGAAAUGGUUCGGAGAGAAGAGUAAAAAAAGCGAUGUAGAGGAUAAGUGCGAGCCUGCAAUGGAUGGAAUCAAUGGAGUAGAGCUAGAACAAGAAUCAAAAGAUCGGUUAGAGCUAGACCAACAAUCAAAAGAUGCCAAUGAAGAAAUCAGCCCGACACGACUGUCGCUUAACGAAGGCGUGUCUAAACCUCCAUCACAGUCUCAUUCUGUAGAUGAUGAAAAAACUGCACCUGCUAACGUGGAUACGGCAGGAACGCAACUUGAUUCACUGGCCGUCAAAAUUACUGAUGUUGAAAAGAAUCUUGUUGACAAUGAUAUGCCUGGAUUGGAAAACGGAAUGCUGCAAUUGUUGCAGUCGGUAACCGAGGUUAAAAAUGAGUAUCAGAAUCUUCGCAAGGAUCUGCAAGAAGUUCAGCAUCUUCAAAAGGAGAUGACGUGCUCCUUAAGGCACCAAUUGAGCAUGAUGAACCAGGCGUUCUACGUUUUAAAGAAAAAGAUCGAGGCGAACAAUUUGCCAAUCACGUCCUUACCACCACCUCCCACGACAUCGGUUAAAGAGAAUUCCGAUGUGUAA